GUUGCCGAUCAGAUAAAAAAACUUGAAGAUUUUUGUGAAGGAAAAGUUAGCUGUAAUAAGUGUUUGGAACGAGCAAGAACAAAUUCAAAACAGCGAUAUGAGGAAGAAAAUGAAAAAAAACUUUUUGACACAACACAAAAUUCUAUACUUUCAAGUGAUUUAACGCAGGCUGUUUAUGAUUCUUUAAUUUCAAUACCGGAAAUUGAUGAAAAUUUAGAGGGCGAUUUAUCUGAAUCUUCAAUUGCAAAUAAGCUUAUUGAAAAUAUUCAAGCUGGUGAUGGAUAUUGUUAUAUCUACCAUACUAAAACUAUACACAAAAAAAUAAAAUCUGUUACAGUUAUUUAUAGAUGUAACUGUCAUGCAGAUUGUAUUAAAAAGCCACAAAAACAUUUAGAUAAAGAAAAACAGCGUGAUACUACUUCAAGACUUAAUCGAUAUGAAUGUGAUGGUUAUAUUUCAAUUAAAGUUAAUAUUGAAAAUAAACUUGCAAUUAUUAAAAUAAGUCAUCGAAUUUUGCAUCCAAGGCCAGAAAAUAUUAAUGUUAUGAAUGAUAUAAAAGAAUUUAUUACAAAUAAUUCAAGUUAUAUAGCGGCUGAAUUAUAUAAAAAAAUUGUUUCAAAUCGAAUAACUGGUUUUGAAACAUUAACUCAAGAUCAAGUUUAUUAUUGGUGGUCAAAAGCUAAUAUAGUUCAAUACAAAUGA